AUGUCCUUGCAAUAUUUCAUAUCCCCCGGAAGUCGGAUUUACGAUGACGAGGCUUCAUUGGGAAAUUCCUCUGAGAUUUGGAUUAACUCCUCGGAGUUAUCGGUGGACCCGCACUUCCUUUUCAAUUCCGACUACGUAUGGAGGCACUAUUCCAAUUCCGUGGCGAACCAUACUAAUAAUUCUGCUAAGGAAUUUUCCUUCGAUGAUGAGCUCCCACAAAACUUUCAGAAAGACUCCUUCCUAGCUGAUGCCCCUGGAUUCGAGGACCUCAAAAUCAGCCACAAGGAGGACUAUAGGUGUGACUACGAAGGGCUGGUCUGUCCUACGGUGCCAGGAAACUUGACUCAAUCUAUUUGCCGGGCAUCUCUGUCAGACUCCCUCGCCGCCGGGACUGAGAAUACCAUUUCGAAAUUAGGAGCUGUUCCGAACCCAACUUCUAGUCCAGAAACUGAAACCGUCGAUGAUGGAACACGCCGAAAAAUAGCCCACGGCCUGACAGAAAGGAGAUAUCGUGAAAAUGUGAAUCUCAAGUUUCUACAACUGGAGGAGGUCUUGGAUGACCACCACUGCUCCGCGGGCAAUUCACUGGAGAAAAUGAACCAGCGAGUCAAGCGAACAAAAAUCCUCCAAGAAGCCCACGAAAAUAUUUUGCAGCUCCGUGAAGAGGUCAAAUUCCUCAAAGAAAAUCUUAGAAUUUUAGUGCAGACUGCCUUUCCGGACACUUACAAGUACGUGCUAAACGUUGGCUGA